AUGGGCUUAAUAUCAGAAGUUGGUAUCCACACGGUGGACUACCAGAAUAUGGCGUAUGAAGAAUAUGUCCGCCUCAACAACCAGCAUGAACGGAUACGGGAGAGCUUGGACCUAAUCCGAGCCAGCUCCCCGUUUAGCGAUUCAACUACGACCUCGCCAUCUCUUUCUCCCACUAGAGGCGCCGGCCGUCAACGGUUUGCCUCUCCACCCGUUAGCCGCCGCGAUAAUCGAACCCUCGAGACGAUUCUCGACGAAACCACGCUUUGCGAAAUCGCUACGCAAGAGCAACAACUUCUCGAUGUUAACGAGGCAAUCAAGAGGGCGUUAACAGAACUCCUCAACUGCGACCUCGUCCGCGCUGAUAAGCCUUUUCGCACCUGGGUGCAGGGUCGCCUGAUGCAAACGGAGAAAGAGCUCAGGUCCAGGCGGCGUAGGAGAGGCGUAUAUUAG